AUGCCAGGCACUAAAUAUGAACAGCUGUCUUUAAAAAGUGAUACAGAAGAAAACGUUACAAUAAACAAACCAAAGGGAAAAUGGUCUGAUAUUUGUGUACAAAAAAGCCUGUUGUCGCUAGGUUUAAUUCUUAUAUACUUUUCUCUCUCUAUUGGCUUGACUUUCUACCAACGAUGGCUGCUAAAGGGUUUCAAUUUUCCUCUGACAGUAGUGAUGUAUCAUCUGAUAAUCAAGUGGAUAUUGUCAGUGUUGGUCCGUACAAUCUUAUACCUGAUCACGGGCACACCGCAGUUGAUGUUGCCAUUCAUGACUUGCCUGCGGUCAGUAGGCCCCACCGGGCUGGCUAGUGGUAUCGAUGUGGGAUUCUCCAACUGGGGCCUUGAGCUGGUCACCAUAUCUCUGUACACCAUGACCAAGUCUACUACAAUUAUUUUUAUACUCUUCUUUGCAAUGAUGUUGGGACUCGAGAAGAAGUCGUGGUCGCUGGUGGGGAUCGUGUUACUGAUCGCGAUCGGUCUGGUCAUGUUCACGUACAAGGCGACUCAGUUCGAUCUGCUCGGAUUUAACUUCCUGCUACUGGCAUCGUUUGCGGCCGGCCUGCGGUGGACGUUCGCCCAACUUCUCAUGCAGAAGUCCAAGCUCGGGCUCCAUAACCCCGUCGAUAUGGUGUUCCAUGUGCAGCCGUGGAUGUUCAUCAGCUUGCUACCUUUCAUGAUUAUGUUUGAAGGUCUGGACUGCUUGAAGUACCUGCAAGCGGAGUGGGCGUCCCGCGGCGGGCAGGUCACGGGGACCCUGCUCAAGGUGUCCGUGGGUGCCACAAUCGCCUUCGCCAUGGAGAUUAGCGAGUUCCUAGUGGUCACCUACACCUCCAGUCUCACGCUGUCCAUCGCCGGCAUAUUCAAGGAGAUGUUCAUCCUGGUGUUGGCGGUGGAGGUGAGCGGCGAUCAGCUGAGCACCGUGAACGUGGCCGGACUGGCGCUCUGCCUGCUCGGCAUAGUCGGACACAUCGUGCAUAAGGUGCUCGUGAUACGCGCCGUGGCCGGUUCAGUGCGCGCUCUGGACGAAGACAAUUUCAAAAUAAACAGACCGCGAUCUACCAAAGAAGGCGACCACUCCGAGCCACUGCUCGACCAGCACUGGCAACAGAGCGACGACAGCGACCUGGACACCAACCUCGUGCUGUUCCAAGUGCUGCAGCGACGAGACGGCAGGUAG